AUGCAGCUUUCAGUUAGGGCUGCAGCGUCGCAGGUGUCGCGAGGAUGGCGAGGAUGGCAGCGAAAGGCCAGCAGCGAUGAGAGGGCGCCAGGAGAAGAGAACCUGCGAUUGGCGGGCGCGAUCUCUGGCCGCUCAACUGCAGCGCCCGGGUCGGCAACGGUACGCGACUCGAUAUACACGCUCAAGCGGCGCCAGAGAGACCCGUCCGUCGAGUUCGGGGCUAUCUCAGGGCUGUGA